AGAUCAGGAACGCAAUAGAGAAUAUUCAACAACAAUCAAUCCAUCAUUAAAGGUCUUCGUUUCUCCACUCUUUGCCUUUCUCAUCACUUAUCCAAAGGUCGCCUUCUCUCUUUCUCUCUCUCUCACGCCUUCAGAUUCCUCUGCCUUUUCAUUUCUCACUCGUCUUGUUUCUAGGUUCCAUUUUCAGCUAAUCAAACUGGAAAAUGCGAACGGAUUUCGGAUCCUGGUGGUGGUUUCAGAUACAGAUUUGUUUUCUGAUUUUUUGUUGAUUUGUUUCACUUUUUUGUUUUUUUUUUCACGGAUACUAGAUCGAGGAUUUUUGGCUUUUAAGUGUUUACAGCUUUCUGAAUGACUUGAAAGAUUGGUUCCUGAGAAAAAGGGGGAAGAUUGAAGAUUGUACGACUUGUUUUCCAGUUGGGUAUUUUUUUCAAAAGAUCUCUAGUUGAAAAAAAAAAAAAAAGCAAAAGCUGGAGAUAAUUGAGCUGAGGCAACCAUGAGUGACAAGGGAGACAAGUUAUGCCCAUUGUGUACUGAGGAGAUGGAUUUGACAGAUCAGCAAUUGAAACCAUGCAAAUGCGGUUAUGAGAUUUGUGUUUGGUGCUGGAAUCACAUCAUGGAAUUGGCUCAAAAGGAUAAUACUGAGGGUCGUUGUCCGGCAUGCCGCACAUCCUAUGACAAGGAGAGAAUUGUGGAGAUGGCGGCAAACUGUGAAAGACUGGUGGCUGAAAUAAAUUCUGAGCGAAAACUAAAAUCACAGAAGGCGAAGCCAAAAGUAUCUGAUGGAAGGAUGCAUCUUAGCAAUGUUAGAGUUAUUCAACGGAAUCUAGUGUACAUAAUUGGAUUACCACUCAACCUUGCAGAUGAAGCUGUUCUUCAGCAAAGAGAGUACUUUGGCCAAUAUGGAAAGGUUCUGAAGGUGUCUAUUUCUAAAACAGCAACUGGGGUUAUUCAACAUUCUUCAAACAACAGUUGUUGUGUGUAUAUAACAUAUUCAAAAGAGGAGGAAGCUGUUCGAUGUAUUCAGUCAGUACACAGUUUUGUCUUAGAAGGUAGAACCUUAAGGGCAUGUUUUGGAACCACCAAGUACUGCCAUGCAUGGCUUAAAAACACGCCUUGCAGCAUUCCAGAUUGUUUGUAUUUGCAUGAAUUUGGCACUCAGGAAGAUAGUUUUACGAAAGAUGAUUUAGUUUCUGCAUUUACAAGGAGUAAAGUUCAACAAAUUAUCGGCGCUACAAAUAAUAUGCAUCGUCGUUCUGGAAAUGUUUUACCACCCCCAGCAGAUGAGUAUACCGAUAGAAACAUAACAUCAACAGCCAAACUCAACUCCAAAAGUUCUUUUUGUCAGAAUAUUGGAAACUUUGAUAGUGGAUCUUGUGCUGAUAGUGGUACUGAAACAUCUAAUGCAUUUCCUGGGGCGGCCUCAUGGGUCAUGUGUGUCUCUUCUGGUGUACCAUUAGUUACAAAUUUGUCAGGUUCAGAUUCAGAUGGAACUCUGAGUCAUAAGCCUGAAACAUCAAGUGGAACACAAGUUUUUGCCCCUGAAGUUGUGAGCACCAAAAUAUCCAGUGAUGCUAAAAGAACAAUGAUACCUGAAGAAAGUUGUGAACUGCAUCCUAUCCUUGUGACAUCUAGCAAUAUUGCUAUACCACCUGCUGGUGCAAGCUCUUUAGGAGCAGCCAAACCAUCAUGUACUCUGCAUGAAGAUGAAAAUUUUCAUGAACAUGGAGACUUUCAGGGAUUAUGCUCUGCAUUAUCGUCAAUUAGAAUUGAUAGCCAUCUUAAGAAUGAGAACUCUAAUCCUGUCAUUUCAGAAAGUUUAAUUUAUAAUCAUAACCUGCACACAAGUGAAGGCUCACAACAAGAUGUGAACCUACUUAUGAAAUCUUCUGCCUUACCAGCACUAAGGGAAAACUCAAUUGUCAAGGAUUUAUUAGGUGAUCAGCAGCUUGAAGGUUCUAGAGACAUCCAUAAUCUACCAUCCAUGUUUUGUCUACUUUCUUCAGAACAGAAUUUUAAAGAGCCAAAUCAUCAUUCUUGGAAGCAGGGUGAGAUUAGUCAUCAGAGUUCUUUUGAUGCCUAUCCAAGCACUGUACCCAUUAAAUGUGAAGCUGAUGCCUUUCCAUUGCGACCUGCCCAGCCAGUGCUAACCAGUGGAUUCUUUGACAACCAACCUAGUAGUGGCCUGCAAAUGGAUGGGACUUCUAAUUAUUCUAAUGUCUUGACUGACAAGGGAUUAGGGAAGUACUUGGAAGGAUGUGAUGAUACUGAAGGUAGUGCUAACAAUGAAGUUGCUCCAGAUAGAGGGGAAAACAACAUUAUCUCCAGUAUUCUAUCUAUGGAUUUUGAUGCAUGGGAAAAUACAUUGACAUCACCUCAGAGUUUAGUUAAGUUGCUGGCUGAAACUGAUGGACAGUAUAGUUCCCUGAGAAUACCAAGUUUAAGAAAAAUACAAGAUAGCAAUCAGUCAAGGUUCUCAUUUGCCAGACAGGAUGAUUUCUUUAACCAAGAGUCUAAUUUGAGGCAUUCAGUUCCUGAUGCUAUCAAUUGUUCUACUUUACGUCAUUCUUAUGAGAACAAAGACUUUUGCAUGGACAGACGUUAUGAUAUUUCUUCAAAUGGUAGUUCUGAGGAUUCCAAUAGUUUUCUCAGGGGCCAUCCUUUUUCGGCUUCUAAAUUUUCUUUUGCUAAAGCUCCAAUGUCUACACCGCCAGGAUUUUCACUUCCAAGCAGAGCAGUACCACCAGGGUUUCCUACUAAUGGGGCAGUGAACUAUGAUGCAAACCAUUUGCUACAAAAUUCUGCACCAUUAUCUAGGAAUGCUGGCAUCUCCAUUGAUGUUGAAUUCAUGGAUCCUGCAAUAAUGGAAGCUGGUAACGGGAUACAGGCAUUGUGGCUGAAUGAUCCAGGCUUUGACAUGAGGCCACCUUUAUCACCACCUCUAGGUACUUUUAAUCAUGAUACUGAGCUUCCGAUGGUGAUGCAGCAACCUAUAUCUGUUAAACAGAACCCUUGGUUCCUGGAUCACUUCAGGAAUAGAUUCUCUCCCCCAGAUGAUGCUUACAAUAUUUCAUCAAUGCUUCUGGGGCAAUCCCCACCCAACAAUCCAUCUCCAUUUGCACAAUUGACAGCUCAACAGGUUGGGAAUUUGCACGUGUCCCAUGGCUGUUGGGGUGGUUGGGACGAAAUCAAGAGUGUUGGUAAUCUAGGUAUGUCUGAAUUGUUAAUGAAUGGAAAGCUGGGAUUCAACAAAGUUAUUCAGAGUCAUGAGGAUUUGAAGUAUCAGAUGUCUGGUUCUAGCAAUCUAUACAACGGAGGAUUUGCAUUGUAAUAUUUGUUGAAAUUGGAAUUAUUCCUCCUUGAUCCUUGAAUAGACCAAAGAAUGUGGCUGGAAGACUUGGGUGUGAGCUGCUGCCCUUGAUUUGAAUGAGGUUGAGUCUCUUGACUUUUGUGCACAUUGGUUUGUUUGCAAACACCAGAGUUGAAGGUGGGUCCAAGGGAUUGGUUAGCGUAGAGUGGCAGGUCAAAGGAUUACAUGGUUGUUUCUCUCACACCGAGUGGCAGGCUCAAAGGAUUGACACGGUUGUUCCUCUCACCCUUCCAUGGUAAGCUGGAGCGAGAAUUUUGUUAUAGGCAAAGGGUGUCUGGCAGUAACCUACAGGACUGCAUAUGUUGGAUUGAAAUCUGUCUUAGCCACCGGUUGAACGGAGAAUAGAAAAUUAGAGAUCUAGAGUUCAAUGCUGGACAAAUUGGCUACGUCAAACCCUUGUUAAAUGCCAAAAUUUCACCCAGAUAUAGGAACCUAUUGGUGUUUGUAGAAAAGAAAGAUUGCAUGAAUGGGUUUCUUGAGACAUGAACAUCUAGCCCAUCUAUUAGGACUUGCUUUGAUUCAAUGCUUAAGCUUUUUUA